AUGCAAAGCCCUGCCAUGGUACAUUACCCUUCUCUUCAAACCGUUAUGUUCUUCAAUACGCCUGUGGCGUCUGAAGCGCCUUGGCCUUACAAUCGUCCCGAGGGCUUGUCCCAAAUCCCGUCUUGUUCAUCAAUGAUAUCCCCGACCCAUUUUCACAAGCGAAACUGUCAACCCUUUUGCACUGAAUACACCGGUGUUUUCUCAUCUAAUGUCUUUGAUAAGGAUAGUGAUAAUGAACCUGAACCUGAAAUCGAAACCGGUCCCGAAGUGCCUCCAAUUCUCGAUGGGAUAGCUGCCGUGGUUGGCCAGCACGUUCUAUUUGGUGACAAGACCAACCCCGUUGUUCACAACCACAGCAACGGUAGCGAUGGGUCAGGCUUCGUUUCUGUGUCGCAACGUUUCGGGGCUAACAAGAGAGACCCAAGUGGCAGUGUGCCACUGCAGAAAAGCUACAGAGGUGUGAGAAAGAGGCCAUGGGGGAGGUGGUCAGCGGAGAUACGCGACCGUGUUGGGCGGUGUAGGCAUUGGCUGGGCACGUUCGACACGGCGGAGGAAGCAGCGCGUGCAUAUGAUGCAGCGGCGAGGAGGCUGAGAGGGUCGAAAGCCAAGACCAACUUUGAAAUUGCUUCGGCUUUGCCAGCUCUCUCAUCACGCUCCACCUCGUCGUCAUCUUCGGAGGCAAAGAAGAUCAAAGGCAAGGCUAAAACGGAGAGGAAAUGCGCGGUGGUCACCUCCGUUGACCAGCUGUUCAGUUGCGAUAGUAGGCUUGGUGGAAAUGAAGGGAAAAGGAAGUUGGAAUUGGACUUGAAGCUAGGUGUGGGACAUAUUAGCAAGGGUACUACGCUAAAUAAAUAA